AAAGAGGGGGGGAGACAGAGUGAGAGAGAGAGAGGGAGACAGAGGGAGACAGAGAGCGCAGAGUAAACACAUGUUCACGUCCUCGGCCUCCAGUCCGUGCAUUUACGUAAGGCAGCAUCAGCACAGCCCACUCAUUAACAUCUUUUAUAUCCUGGAAGCAUCAUGGCAAAGCAACGCAGCUCCAUCCUGACCUCGUUCAGCAGGGACGAGCACUAAGCAGCAGCAGCAGCAGCAGCAGCAGCAGCAGCUUCUCAGUGCUCAGAGCAGGUGUCAUCAUCAUCAUCUUCAUCAUCAUCAGCAGCAGCAGUUGAACCCUCUCAUUCCUCAGUCUCUCACUCCUCGCGCUCCGCUGCCGCGCGCACACAUGUGUUGACUCCGUCCUCUUCACUUGUUUUUUUUAUUUUUUUUUAUUUUAAUGUUCUCUGAAAUGGUUUCGAAGCUGACUUCCCUGCAGCAGGAGCUGCUCAGCGCGCUGCUGGACUCCGGCGUCACCAGGGAGGUUCUGAUCCAGGCGCUGGACGACAUGGACCCGAAUCCGCCGCCGCCGCCGCAGCAGAGCUUUGGAGUAAAACUGGAGAGUUUGUCCAUGUCUCCGUCUGCGCCGCAGAGCGCAAAGAUGAACGGACAGGACGCGGAGUCCAAGCCCGUGUUUCACACGCUCACCAACGGCCACAGCAAGGCCAAGCUGUCCGGGGACGAGGGCUCCGAGGACGGGGACGACUACGACACCCCACCGAUCCUCAAAGAGCUGCAGUCGCUCAACACGGAGGAGGCCGCGGAGCAGAGGGCCGAGGUGGACCGCAUGCUCGCCGAGGACCCGUGGCGUGCUGCCCGUAUGAUCAAAGGUUACAUGCAGCAGCACAACAUCCCUCAGCGGGAGGUGGUGGACAUCACCGGGCUGAACCAGUCUCACCUCUCCCAGCACCUCAACAAAGGCACGCCCAUGAAAACACAGAAGCGGGCGGCGCUCUACACCUGGUACGUCAGGAAGCAGCGGGAAAUUCUGCGGCAGUUCAAUCAGGCGGUGCAAGGUUCUGACAGCGGUAUGACGGACAAAGGAAACCACGACCCCGUGUUUUUCUUCCCAGAGUUCAACCCGACGGGUCAGAACAUGGGUCAGCCCGGUGAGGAGGUGGGCAGCGAACCUUUGUGCAAGAAAAUGAGACGGAACCGCUUCAAGUGGGGGCCAGCGUCGCAGCAGAUCCUGUACCAGGCCUACGAGCGACAGAAGAACCCCAGCAAAGAGGAGAGGGAGGCGUUAGUGGAGGAGUGCAACAGGGCGGAGUGUAUCCAGAGGGGCGUGUCUCCCUCGAAGGCUCAGGGCCUGGGCUCUAACCUGGUGACUGAAGUGCGCGUCUAUAACUGGUUCGCUAACCGUCGUAAAGAAGAAGCGUUCAGGCAGAAACUGGCCAUGGACGCCAUCAGUGUCCCGACACACAGCCUCAACUCUCUGCUGUCACACAGCUCGCCACAUCAUCCUCAGACCAGCGUCUCGCCGCCCAUGCGUUACAGCCAGGGCGAGGUCUCGUCCUCCGCUGCCAUCAGUCAUCACACUGGUAACUCCAUGGCAACCAGCCAGUCAGUGCUUCAGCAGGUGUCUCCGGGCGGACUGGACCACGGACACAGUCUACUGUCACCUGACGCCAAGAUGAUCUCUGGUUCAGGUGGAGGUCUUCCUCCCGUCAGUACUCUGACAAACAUCCACAGCUCUCACCAUCACCAGCAGACACAGAACCUCAUCAUGCCUCUGUCUGGAGUCAUGGCCAUCGCUCAGAGUCUAAACACGUCGCAGUCUCAGUCGGUGCCGGUGAUCAACAGCGUGGCAGGAAGUCUGGCGGCGCUGCAGCCGGUCCAGUUCUCCCAGCAGCUGCACAGUCCACACCAGCAGAGUCUGAUGCAGCAGUCGUCGAGUCACAUGAGCCAGCAGCCGUUCAUGGCCACAGUCACACACUCACACAUGUAUCCUCACAAGCAGGAGCCGCCACAAUAUUCUCACCCGUCGCGCUUUUCCUCGGCCAUGGUGGUGACAGACGCCAACAGCAUCAGCACGCUCAGCUCCAUGUCGUCCAGCAAGGCGGAGUCUCCUGUAAACAAGAUGGUGCAGCUUGGGGGUCUGUCCUGGUGUCCUCUUCAGGCCUGGUGAGAGCAUCCUCCACUUCCUCGCUGCCCGGCAACCGGAGCACAUUUUUCCACCCCCCUCGCCGCGGUAACCGUGGCAAUGCUUAAUCACCAGCUAACAGCGCGCGGGCGGCGACGAAGAGUUGGUCAACAAACAGGAGGGAGUUAAAGAGACAGGACUCAAACACAUGAUCAACUAAGGACCAAUCAUUUCAACACAGUAUUCACUCUUUCAUCAAGUCUCCGCCCACUUUUACUUUUUUAAAGUCUUUUUUUUCAAAAAAGGAACAAAAACUAAAAACUGCUGGUGAACGAGUGAACGUGAGAGAACGUGAGUGAAUGAGUGAACCACGCUGUGAUUGUGUGUGUGUGUGUGUGUGAGACAAUCAGACAUUAACCUGUACUCACCAGGCUUUAAAGGAGUCUUCCAUGUUUUUUUCUCUGCGAGUGUCAGUGCAGGUGACAGGGACGUCCACGCCGUGUCCACGCCGUGUCCACGCCGUGUCCACGCCGUGUCCACUCUGUGUAAACUGUGAUUGAUGAAAGACAAUCUUGUGACAAUCUUGAAAGAAGGACUAUGCAAACAUACACCGUGCUUUUAUUUUGUAGAGCUGGAUUCUGCACAAUCAGUGACGUCACACCCACACACACACACACACACACACACACACGAACACACAAACACAAAGCUCUGGAAACAAUGAAGAAAUCACAUUUGACUAUUUUCCAGGUGUCAUUAUUUAAAAUAAAAUCUAUAUUUCUA